AUGCAGGCCUUCCGCCCAAUCCUGCACCGCACACCACCCCUCAUUUCACCCCUCUCCCCCACUCCAUCCACCCGCCUGCUCCGCCCAACAAACCACAACAGACAACAAACCCGCACCUUCCUCCCCAACCCCUUCGCCGCCUCCUCCACCCCGCAAACCAUCUCCGCAACCCGCACCCUCCCCUACGCCACCUCGGCAAUCUACGCCGUCAUCUCCGACGUCAACUCCUACGCAACCUACUACCCCUUCUGCACCGAGUCGCGCGUAACAAAGUACUCGCGCCCCACCGCGCACGACGGCAAAAAGUACCCGGAAGAAGCGAAGCUCGUCAUCGGCUUCGGGGACGCGGCGAGCGAGGCGUUCUACUCGCGCGUGUACUGUGUGCCGGAGAGGAUUGUGGAGGCGGUGAGUGGGGAGGCGGAGUCGACGAUUCCCGCCGAGGAGAUUGGACAUCAUGAUGUGAGGCCGAGCGCGGAGGAUCGCACGCGCGUGGGCUCGGUGUUGGAGCAUUUGAGUACGAGGUGGACUUUGAGGGCGUUGGAGAGGGAGAAGACGGAGGUCAGUUUGAGGAUUGAGGUCAAAUUUGCCAAUCCGGUUUAUGCGGCGCUGAGCCAGGCCGCGGUGCCCAAGGUGGCGGAGAAGUUGAUUGAGGCUUUUGAGAGGAGAUUGGAGGUGGUGGCGGAGGGAAGAGGGAAGCAAUGA